CAAGCGUCACUGAGAUCACAUGUAUGGUGUACUUGUGCUCCAACAGAACAAAUUUGCUGUACGAUAAAUGUAUGAAAUCUUUAAUUCUCGUGUUUCGCCUGCACAAAUUGUACAAUCCGACCCUAUUGUGAGUUGCCAUUUGUGAGUUACUGGUCACGUUUGCCGUACAUGAUAUGGCGCAAUUGCCACCAUUGGUGUCAUAUACACUUCCGAGCGCCGAUGCUAGCGAAGAAAGCGAGAAAUACAAAUAUGAAGGAUCGGGACAGCGUUUGGUAGAGGAACAAAAGCUCGGGUCGGGGACCGAUUCUUCAUCAUCAGGGACAAUAUUGACAGGCGAAAGUAAUCUCGAUGAAGAGCAAUAUACGGUCGCUAAGAGCAGUUGCACCGAGAAUUCCACCGUCAAUGCCGACUCAGAAAUAAUAACCAUCGUCAAAGGCGAGAACAACUCACAUAACAAUCAGAUUCAAGAAAACCAUAUAGACAAUCUCAAUUCUGUCGAUGCCGUUAAAAUUUUUGAAUCUGGCCACCGCCACAAUAACAACGACAACAACACGAAGAAGCGUUUCCUGGGAAAAUGUACCCACUGUGGCAAGAAAGGCCACGAGGCGGUACAGUGUUGGGAAAAGGAGGAAAAUGCUGACCAACGACCAAAGAAUUGGGUCUCGAAUAAAGAGAAGCGCGAAGUAAUGGGCGUUGCAAUUUCAGCUCAAAGUGCUACUGAAGGUAGAUCGCCCAUUUCCGUAUCUGGUCAGAAGAGACGGUGUCCUUCUAAAACAACAAGCAUCAUUGAAGGCGAGAUGAGUUCGCACGAUGAUAUUGUCAAACGAAAACAUCAAGACUUUUAUUCUAAAUUGUAUCCAUGUAUACCAAAUACAACGAUCACCAAUUUAUCCUAUGACGCGUCCAUCGGUGCCGUGGAAGGGGCCAUGGAUAGCGAAGGAAGUCUUACUAGUAUCAGUAGCGGUGGCAGCUGGAAGAUAGCAUCACUUCCACGGCAGAGUUUGCAACUGCGUCCUUGGGAAAGUGAUAGCAAAGUUCACACGGCAUACCAUCAUACUAAGUGGAUCAUUCCAAAAUGGAUUCCAAAUGAUUCUGGGGAAUAUUUGGAUGAAGAUGUUACGUCCUUGUUGUUUACUCCUCCCCAAUUUUCCAAGCACGUCCUUGUUAGGGCUGAAGAUGCGAUAAAAAAACUCGACAAUAUGCAUCACUUGUGGAAGGCGACAUUAUCUUCCAAUGAUCAUACUUCACCCCAAUCCUACGUAGUAGAAGCAACAGGAACAGCCAAAGUUUUGGAGAUUUUGAGACAGCUAAUACAGGUGUUCGUGAGGCUAGAAAUUGAAAGAUCGAAUCUAAAUCGAUUGGUGAACGAUGAUAAUUCAUUGAUUGUGGAAAUUCCCUGGGUGAUUGAUUUACAAGCUAAUCCUUCACAUCAAACUUUAGGAGCUCGUAUAAGUGGCGUGCACUAUGCUAACACAGUUGGAGCGUAUAUCAAAACAGUCCAUCCAGACAGUGUCUUGAUAAAGGCCCUUGGCAAUGAUGCAUGUAGUAGAGGAUGUGCCUUGCUCGCUGUGAAUGGCAAAAAAAUUGCUAAAGCAUCUCAAAUUGGAAAGCUUGUGACGGAGGCAAAAUCAGAGAUAUCAGAGAUAUCAAAGGGCAGCCCUACUGUAACAAUACAACUGACUCUUUGCUUAUCAAAAUAUUGUGACCUUAGUGCAGCUACAAAUCUCUUCAGAAUGAACCUUAGAAAGAAUGAUGGGUCCCCAUACAAUAAAGAAGAACAUUUAAACUUUAUGCUUCAACGCUGUAUAGCAAUUGAACAAAGGCAAGACUUAAACUUUAUUCAGUGUCAUGACAGCACGACCCAGCAGAAAACAGUGGAUCAAAUACAAAUGCAAGAGGAACAGGACACAAACUGUUCAAAAUCUGAUCAAAAACUCAAACUUAAUUCCUCUCAAAUCUCAAAGAAGAGAGCAUCAGGGAGCAGCCAUAAAACAAAAACAAAGAGGAGAAAGGUAGUUGGUAUUGAAGAUGAAUCAGACAGAGAAAGUAGCAGUGAAGAAGAAAGUUUGUCUCUGACAGAAGAUACUUUUGUUAAAGUCAAGAAAAGGGCAGCCAAUGAUGGUAUCAAAAAGUUUUGGCAUUUUGAAGAGAAGAUGAGGCCUCUUAUUAGUCUAGACUUUAGGGACACAAAGAUUAAUUCUAAGCUCAUCACUUCUAGCAUGUGGAAAAAACACAAAGAGUUGUUUGGAGAAGAUCAAGUUUGUGGUGAAAACUGCAGAUGUAUCAUGUUGCUUCCUGACAUAACCAAAAAUGUGAUUCAAGAUUAUAUUGUAAGACAGAGGAAAAAGAAACAAGUUGUUGAAACAGAGGAAAUUCUUACAAAAAAUACAAAUGGACUAUGCAAAUACUUUGCACCAAAGUUUGUCCCUCUGUUGGAAAUGGAAUACCCAAAUGAAACUAAAAGCAAACUACUCAAAAGGUUGGUUAGUAUGUGGGAAUUGCACCAAGAGAAUCGCAUGUAUGGAAUUAGAUGCAAGAAAAACUGUGCAUGUGAAGGUGAAUGGGAUCAGUUGUUUGGAAAGGGAGACAGAGAGAAAGCUAAUGCAUUUUUGAAACAAACCAGGCACUUUCAGAAGAGAAAUGUUUCACAGGUUAUUAAGAAAGCAAAGCCUGAAGGUCUAGUAAUUCCUAGAAAGAAAAAAACUCCAGCUCCUAUUUUGACUCACAAGAAGCACGAUGAUUCAAACGAGGUCAUUUCAAUGAUGAAAAUAGGAGAAAGCAGUUUAAUUUCUUCUAUGGCUUCAAGGAAUGAGCCGUAUGAAAUUGCUUUUGACAGUUCAAUUGCUCUGGGUGGUUACUUCAAAACUGAAGGGAAUCCACAGCGCUGUAUCAUCUAUUCAAAAUACAAAGAUGGUCAGAUGGCAAAACACCAAAAACUUGGAAAUGGAACCACAGUUGUGUCAGUUGUUACAGGGGAAACCAAAAACCCAAUUCAUAGCCACAAUGAUCUGAAACAUUUUUAUGAAAAUGCUCAAAGAACCAGGAGCAUAUUGUGCAUAUUGUUUGUCAAUCAAAGUGCAAAGUCCGACUAUGCUCAAAGCGAAAGCGGAUGGGAUGAUUUAGGUCAGUGGAUUAGUACAAAUUAUCUUGACGACGAUCAUGGUUGGGCUGGAGGCGCAACUGUAGUGAAGACACCACAAGUAAGGAAGGUAUCAAUAGCUUCAUCGAAACCUAUAGAAGCAAUUCUACCUGGACAGGAAUUAUUCGAGCCAAAUGCAGACGGCAAAACACGACAAACGACUGUCCAGGAAUGGACUUCCAUUAUCAACACUACGAAGCCAGGGCACAACGAGCGUGUGCCUCCAAAACCACUGAUUGGAAAGCAAUCUACCUUUCUCCCUGACGAGCCUAUAGGAAGUCUCCAAAAAUCCAACCAAGGAAUUGGAGGGCUCCUUUCUCAAGGAAAAGGAAGAAUAACAAGCCGUAGAAAACGAACUCACUCAAAGAAAGUUAAGUUUUCGGAACCCAAAAAUGAAGAAUUUUACUUUUGCAAGAAUGAAGCAGCAAAUGUGCGUAGAGUUUUGUCUACAGGCAAAAUAGAAACAAAUAAAACUUCUCAGAAGCUUAAGCCUCAACAGACUUUAGUCGAUGCUCUUACAAAUGGAUCUUGUAAAGACAUGCUACAAGUCUUGCAAAUGCAACCUUGCGAAGAUCCGAAUCUCGAAUCGCUGCUGCAAAAGCAAUAUUCUGUUACCGGAAUCGAGAUGCGAAACCACCCUCAACGAACAGGUCACGGCUCGAAGAACAAUGACUUUUAUGCAAAGUAUAGAGCUCUUAGUAUUUAUAUUCACUGCAUACAUCUGAUUGAAAGAGCAAUGUGUUUGAAAAAGUGGUAUGCGCUUGAGAUCGAGCUAAACUAUAUUGAUCUUGUGCGAGAUAAUCAAACCCAAAAUGAUGUGAUUGAAGGGGGCGUUUCACUGAAAUCGAAAAAUGGAAACGCGUUGACGGACUUGGUGAGUUUUCUUUCCGGAUUGCAAUUUAUGAUAUAUAUUCCUUUGCCAUUUCGUUCCAUUGCCUCAAUCUUGUCUACUUGAAAUAGGGUCGUCUGCCAUCUCGGCAGUGUUCUCAGCAUAUGAGUUAUAGCGAUAGCGAGAGUCCUCUGUUAUUCAAUGUUCAUAACAACAAAGCCUUUUCUUUCGAUCAACGUAAUUUGAUCAUUGCCUUAACAAAACGAUCUUCCGAGGGUUCAGAAGCUACAGCGACAAACGUCGGUUGUUUCAAACUGAACUUAGACGAAAUCGAGGAAAAAUGUCCCUCGGAUGGAAGUCACGUAAAACAUUCCCAAUUGCUUGUGCGGAAUGGCACAGGAGAAAUUUCAAGUGGCUUUGCGUCCUUCACUGUUAAAAAGCGAAAGGCGGACAGCAGCUACAUUAGGGAGAAGAAGAGAGAAGUAUCGAAGAAGCUACGCCAACAAUUCGCUCAGAUUGAGCGAUUCAAUCAAGAUCCGAAAAUAGACCCUGACGUACACAUGAACGGAAAUAUCUUCGGAUUGGAUGGCAAAUCCAUAUUGCACGCUGCUGUCAAUCUUAUGGAUGACGACGAUCUCAUUAGAAAGUUACUAAAGCUUGGGGCGAACCCAAGAAGCUGUGAUUAUCUUAGCAUCGGAUCUCCCUUAAGUCUCGCCCAGCGAAAUUAUUACCACUCUGCAGAGAAGGAGAAAAGUAUGAGAUGUGAGAAUAGUGCUGAUCUCGAGCUGCACGAAAAACGAUCCAAUCAAGCAAGGUUGAUAGUGGAAAUGCUAAAGAAUCAUUCCACAGAGCCUAACGCCCCGGUAGCCAAUUCAUCUUUAGCCAGCGGAGUUUCGAAGCAAAGUUCAUAUGUACUACAGAACAGGCAAUCGAAUGCAUUGUCUUCCAAAAGCGACAUACAAUCUACUUCAACUCCUAAACAAAGAAUGUCAGCAACAGAAUAUAAUCAGUUGGCAUCUCGUACAACUGUUUCACACGCGUCGUCCACGAGGGAAACCUCGGCGAUGAUUUCAGAUUCAAAAGAAAGUAUAAGUUACUCGCAGCAGUCGAAUCCUCAGCCUACUUCCGCGAAAGGUGGUAUACAUUUACCGAUGUUGAAAGAUCCGAAUUGGUUUGAAUUCCCCCGUGAAUGGACAGGUCAUUAUAAGAAAUGUGUACACGGCGAUGACUGCAGAUUUUUCAAGCAACGGAAAUGUCGUUUUUGGCACGACUUGAGAAAUCUUUUGCCCCACGGACAGAUAUCGCCGCCGCCUGUCAGUUCCCUCCCCUCUCUCGCCGAUUUGCCGGUGCUAUCGGCUCACCAGGUGGUCUAUAAAGAGGUUGGCUGUUGGCAUACCGCGGCCUACGCCGAUCGUGAUUCGAACCUGAUCAUUUAUGUGACAAAGAUCUUGUCAUAUUCUGGGUCCGUUGGGACCGAUGGUACUUGCUGGUUCCGUACCCGAGCCGACGCACUAGUGGGCCUCAGAUUUACUGUUUACUUUGAAAUGAAGAACGAAGAUGCGACUCGCACUGCACCAUCUGGCCAUCGUGGAAGAAAUAGCGACCACGGUGACCGCAGUUCUAGUAGUCACUACACAAACCAAUCAAAAAACACUUCCCAUCGAAAGCAUCAGCACCAGCAUCAGCAUCAGCAUCAAAGACAACACAGUGGAGACCGCAGUCACUAUUAUAAAUCAUACGAUUUUCGAGACGAAAAUCGCCACAGUCGCCAUGGUAACAAACAAAAUCAUCAUAAUGAUUAUUAUGAUUCUCGACGCGACUCAGACAGAGCACAUCAUGGACGAUAAACUAGUGAAAACUAGUGAAAAAAUCCUGUUGGCUAGCAUGUGCUAGUCUUUUUUUAUGAUUCGCAGGGGCACUAGUACUUCCCAUUACUAAUAUCAUAGCUAUUGCGACAUCAUGCUAAUAAUAACUUACUGCUAGA